AUGACUGUGCUGGGAGACGACCCCCGCGUGCAACUGUGCGGCUUUGCCAAGCUGGUUGGCGUAGAUGUUGACUACACUGCACGGUCUUACACAAUUACAAUCGGGCGCAAGAGCAAAACGCCCGUCGACGUCGCGCUUGCUGGCGACAACACCAGCAUCUCGCGGCUGCAUGCCCAGAUCGCCUACAGCUUCGAGCGCGCCCGCUGGCAGCUCACGGUGCAAGGCAAGAACGGCGUCGUGCUGAACGGCCAGCUGCUCACACCAACGUCACCGACGGCGGACUUGAUGUCUCAGGACCUCGUGCAGAUUGGCGGGCAGGACCUGUACUUUUUGCUGCCGCUGGGGUCCGCCGAGGCGCAGGCGCGGCAGGCGCAGCAAGAGCAGCAAGAGCAGCAGCAGCAAGAGCAGCAGCGACAAGAGCAGCAGCGACAAGAGCAGCAACGAGAGCAGCACCAACGGGAGCAGCAAGAGCAGCAGCAGCAGCACUACCACCAAGAAGCGGUGGUGACCGUGCAGCCGGAAGGGGUGCACAUAGCCACAGGCGGCCCUGAAUACCCUGCAUGGCAGGCAGCGGCACCGGCAGCCCAGCUGAGCGGCACCCCUACCGCUUUGGCAGCGGCGGCAGUGGCCCCGGCGCAAUUGGCACACCCGGAGGCUGCGGUCUUGGGGAACAUGCUGGCAGCGCAGCAGCUGCCUGGGCUCGGUCAGCAACAGCACCAGCCAGAGCAGCAGCAGCAGCAGCACUUGGAGGCAGUGGGGCUUGGCAGUUUCGCAGGGGUCCCCAUCGGUGCCACGGCGCCAGGUCUGCUGCAUCAACAAUACGCAAGCUUCCAGCAGCAGCACAUUGCCCUCCCGCAACAACAAGUUCAGCAGCUGCAGCAGAUCAGUGGUUACGGCAACGGGCAGCCGUUCUGCAACGGCCAGGUUGAGGGUAUGCAGCAGUGA